CGGCCCCUUUAAGAGCCGGGCCGGCCUUCCCUUCUCUCCCUCCAGGCCUCCGCGGAUUCCACGGGCGCGCGCGAGAGCGGGAGAAAGAGCCGCCCGGGGGCCGCGCGCUCAGCGGCGGCGGCGCGCGCCCUCCGAAGGAGAAAGAAGGGCGGGGGGGGGGAAGGCUUUGGCGCGAGGGCACCAGCUGCGCCCGCUGAGGAGGCGGCAAUUGGGGCCUCUCUGGGCUCGGCCUGUGUGUGUUUGCCCCCCUCCCUGGAGAGCCGCCGCCGCCGCCGGAGCUCCUUCCUUCCUUCUUCCUUCCUUCCUUCCUUCCUGCUUUAGUCGCCGCCUCAGGGGAAGAGCCUGAGGAGAAGGAGGAGGUCGGCGGCGGCGACAGACCCGCCCCCUCUUUUCCCUCCCACCCGCCCGCUCGCUCUGGGGUCUUCCUCCCCUGCCCACUUUCUCUUCCCAAGCCACCCCCUCCCCACUUCAUAACGUCCCUCUGCUUUGGUGGGGGGCGGGAGGUGUGAGUGCAAUUCCUGCCGCCACCCCCCAUUCCUACCCUAUGUCUUUCCCCUUUUCCUAGACCCGCCCGGCGCCCCGCCUUGGUCGGUUUCAGCCUUCCUCCUUGGCAGUUGCUCCCUGACCUUUGUUAUCGUUCCUCUAAGGCUAUGCUUGUCCUGGGUGGCCCAGUCCUCCAUUCCUAGACAGCUCUGGCCCCCUGUCCCUUCCUUCCUUCUCUCUCUCUCUCUCUCUCUCUCUCUGUGCCCCCCUCCCCAUAAACACCUGCUGCUCACAGCAGCCCCCCCCCCCCCCACUAUAAGGUUUGUUUUGUUUUGGGGCUUCUUUUGGCAGGGAUUGUUUCCUCUUUGGCCUCAUCCCUGGCAAAGCUGUUCACCCCCCUCCCCCACUUGUUAUAAACAGUCCUGAUCUAAUUAUUUGGGUGAGAUGAAAGUGACAGUGUGUUUUGGCAAGACGGGGAUAGUGGUUCCCUGUAAGGAUGGACAGAUCCAGGUCAGAGAAUUAACCCAGCAGGCUCUGCAGAGAUACUUGAGAACCAAAGAGAAGGAUCCUUCUUAUUGGGUGAACAUUCACCAUCUGGAGUACACAGAUGGGGGAAUCCUGGACCCAGAUGACUUCCUGGCAGAUGUUGUAGAAGACAAAGAUAAGCUGAUUGCUGUGUAUGACGAAGAAGAUCCACACCCAAAGCCUGAUGACGUAAACAGUAGCCUGGCGGACAGAAAUAGCCCAGAUGCUUUUGAGACUGAAGUCGCUGCCCAGCUAGCUGCAUUUCAGCCGAUCGGAGGAGAGAUCGAGGUGACACCCUCUGCUUUGAAAUUAGGAACACCACUGUUAGUGAGGCGAAGCAGCGACCCAGCGGUGGGCCUGCCAUCUGACUUCCCCCCAGGAGCUUCUCAUGCAAAUGAUCGUGUUCUGAAGACUUCUACGUCGGAUUCAACACACUCAUCUUCAGAAGACUGGGAUUUUGCCACAUAUAGCAAUGGGCCGACAUCUCCGAAACCAAAGUUUACUUUCAGUGGCAUGACCAGAAUGGUAGAGAUUUCUGGAGAAGGUGGCCCUCUGGGAAUACAUGUGGUACCAUACUUCUCAUCGUUAAGUGGCAGGAUCCUAGGACUCUUUAUCCGUGGCAUAGAGGAGAACAGCCGGUCUAAGCGGGAUGGACUUUUCCAUGAGAAUGAAUGCAUUGUGAAGAUUAACAACAUAGACCUUGCAGAUAAAACCUUUGCGCAAGCACAAGAUAUUUUCCGCCAAGCCAUGAAAUCACACAGUAUAAUCUUGGAAGUGGUUCCUCCGUACAGCCGCGAACAAUACGAAACUGCUGUCAUUGCACCUUUAUAUUCGGCAGAUAAUGUUGAGCAUGUUUCAAAGGGAAAGGUUCCACCUCCCCUUCAUCUAAAACCAAUCACAAAGGCAGCAGACACAUGUGGAACGAACAGCCUGGAUACUGGGGUGAGGAUAGUGCCUCACCCCACCAAAAGUCCCAAUCCUCCAAGACUCAGUAGGAAGCCGUCGUCACCAUCACUGUCUCCACUGAUGGGCUUUGGCAGUAAGAGAAAUUCAAAGAAGAUAAAGAUAGACCUCAAGAAAGGUUCUGAUGGACUUGGUUUCACUGUGGUUACCAGAGACUCUUCUGUUCAUGGCCCUGGUCCGAUAUUUGUGAAGAAUAUUUUACCACGGGGUGCAGCAAUUAAAGAUGGGCGUUUGCAGUCUGGAGAUAGAAUACUGGAGGUGAAUGGUCGAGACAUCACUGGCAGAACCCAGGAAGAGCUGGUAGCUACCCUGAGGAGCACGAAGCAAGGAGAGCUUGUCUGCUUGGUUGUUGCUCGGCAAGAAGAAACCUUUCUGCCCCGAGAGCUGAAAGGAGAGCCCUACUGCAACGUCCUGGCACUCGAGACGACCGAGCAGUUGACUUUUGAGAUCCCCCUGAAUGACUCUGGUUCAGCUGGACUUGGAGUGAGCUUAAAGGGCAACAAAUCUCGAGAGACCGGGGCCGACCUUGGGAUUUUCAUCAAAUCAAUCAUCCACGGAGGCGCUGCUUACAAGGAUGGCCGAUUGCGAACAAAUGACCAGCUUCUUGCAGUGAAUGGUGAAUCUUUGCUUGGGAAAUCAAACCAUGAAGCCAUGGAGACACUGAGACGUUCCAUGUCUAUGGAAGGAAACAUUCGUGGAAUGAUCCAGCUGGUGGUUCUCAGGAGACUGGAUAGGCAACCUGAAGUGGAGCUUGCAGAGCCUGUGAUGUUCUUUCCAAAACUGGAACCUGAGGGGAGUGUUAAUUUUACAACCUGUCCUAGACGCAGCAAUGCCGCCGUGCGGUGCUUUGUGCCGUGCUGCCCUCAGGAGAGGUUCAACGAGCUUCAUGCGUCUCAGCAGGGCGUGACUGAAGAAGAAAUCCCGCCCCCUGUGCCCCCACAUCCCAGUGAUGAGCUGCUCGCGGAUUAUAAUCACAGCUCAGUAGCAGAUUCAGCUGCAUAUUUACCAGAUCAGCACAUCAACUUCAGACCGUUGACACUGGCCAAGCAGACGGAAUCAAUUAAUCUGAAAGCCUCCAAGAGCAUGGAUCUGGUGCCAGAUGAAAGCAAAGUUAGCGUGCUGACAGGACAAAAAUUGGAGUCUCCUGGUAAAGAUAUUGGUCCCACACUUGGUUUGAAGAAGUCAAGCUCUCUCGAGAGUCUGCAGACGGCUGUGGCUGAAGUGAAAAAGAAUGAACUCCCCUUCUACCGCCCCAGGCCUCACAUGGUCCGUGGUAGAGGCUGUAACGAGAGCUUCAGAGCUGCCAUAGACAAAUCAUAUGAUGGACCUGAAGAUAUGGCACAAGAUGGUCUUUCUGAUAAGAGCUCCCUGUCUGGUCAGGAAGCUCAGAACUAUGAAUCGAUCCUUCAGAUGAACUCUGAAUUAGAAAAUAUGGAAGGCAAGGCAAAGAAACACAAAAAAACCAAAGAGAAAGUGAAGAUAAAAGAAAAGAACAAAAAAGUGACUCCCAAGAGCAAGCCUUAUGAAAAGGACAAGAAGGAAGAGACUGAAGAUCCAGAAAGGAAAACAAAGAAGAAAGGUUUUGGUGCCAUGUUGAGAUUCGGCAAGAAAAAGGAGGACAAGGGUGCAAAAGGUGACCAGAAGGGAAAUGCUAAGCACGGCACUCUCAAAGAAGAAGACGUGGAAAAGAUGAAGGAGGAGCGAGAAAGGAUUGGUGCAAAGCAUCAGGAGCUACGGCAGAGGCAGGUUAGAGGCCUGGCUGAGUAUUCCACGGGUCCCGUAGGAUCACCUCCCGAUAUCGAUGACGACGAGACGGACCCAAACUAUGCACAAGUAAAUCACUUCCGCGAAAGGUAUCCAGCUAUCAGUGCCUACAGGCCAUCUUUGCCACCUCCGCCAGAGACCUUUGGGUGUGAGAACCCUCCAGCGCCACUGGAAGAACUUUAUGCAAGGAUAAACAAGCCAUCUCAUCAGCAUGCUCCUGUUGAGAGUGACCGUCCAACUGGGGGGACUGCAGACCGCAUCCAGAAGUUGCGGAAGGAAUACCAUCAGGCGAGACGGGAAGGCGUGCCUUUCUACGAUGAAGACGAAGGGAGAGGAAGACCAACCGAAUACGAUCAGCACUGGGUGUCUGGAAAAGGUCCAGAUGGGGCUUCACACCAUCUCCAGUUUGAAGGCAUCGAAAGGCAAUAUGCCUCCUUACCCAGGCACGGACCCGUGGAGCCAGUGGAGUAUUUAACGGGGCUACGAGUCGCAUACAAAGAGAGAGACCUUCCUUACUAUCAAGGAGCCCAGCCUGCAGUUCAUCCUUCCAAAGCGAGCUUCUCUCACCCCCAAGAUGGUCCCAGAGCAACAGAGCUAUGGUACCCCCAGUAUUACCCACCACAACCAGUAGCCCAGCACAAAGGACCCCUCCGCCAAGAUGUGCCACCCUCGCCCACUCAGAGCCACAGAGUUCUGCCCUAUAAUGAAAUGGGCAGAACAGGCCACCGUCGAGCCAGCCCCGAUCAAUACCCGUACAGGCACCAAGAUCCCCGGCAGAAGGACCCCAUGACUGCAGCUGUAUAGCCUCAGACUGAACUCUCGUCCGUAUCCUACGAGAUGACAGGCCUCGGUGCACUAGCUGCUUCUGCUGAGCCUGUCUGUACGAGGAAGAGGUUCCUUAAUUCUGGCCAGCAUAUUCUGGAUAUGUUCCUAAACGUGUGACAAGCUUAUCGGGGUUUUUU